ACUCUAAUAAAUCUGAAAUCGAAGAAGCAUAUUCACACACCACCGAAGAAGAUCAGUAAUGGCUCUCGAGGCAUGGUUUAUGGAUGAUAGCAUUGAAGACCAGAGACUUCCUCAUCAUCGUAACCCUAAAAAGCUCGUCUCUUUGGAUUACUUGUCAGAGUUGGGAGUGUUGUAUUGGAAGUUGAACCCUGAGAACUAUGAGAAUGAUCCUGAACUUGGCAAGAUUAGAGAAGAAAGGGGUUAUAGUUACAUGGAUUUAUUGGAUCUGUGUCCGGAGAAAGUGAGCAACUACGAGGAGAAGCUGAGGAACUUUUUCACAGAACACAUUCACAAGGAUGAAGAGAUUCGGUACUGCCUAGCGGGAAGUGGUUACUUUGAUGUUAGAGACAAGGAUGACUGUUGGAUCCGAAUGUGGAUGCAACCGGGCGAUCUCAUUGUCCUUCCAGCCGGAAUCUACCAUAGGUUCACACUUGACACCAGCAACUACAUCAAGCUGAUGAGGCUGUUCGUGGGAGAACCGGUUUGGACAGCAUAUAACAGGCCACAGGAAGAAGAUCCGGUUAGGAAACAAUAUGUAAAGGGCUUAACCCACAAGUUUGGAGAAGCCAUUAAAGCUUAUUGACAAGUUCAAUAUAUGCUUGAUGUUGUAUUUGUAUGUAUUGUUUACUACCUUAGCCGUGAACACCAAAGUCUCCUUCCGAAUAUAUAUGUGCAUGUAAACAUACUUUUGCUAUCUAUGCUUUUGAGGAAUAUACCAUUUAAAACUGCAAUCA